AGAGCUUUCCCUUGUGCCAGUUUCCUUCUGUUACAUCCCGUCAUCAUGCCUCAAAUUUUGCUUCUCGGCGCGGGCUUUGUUGCCGGCCCUUGCCUCGACUACUUGCUUCGUCGCCCGGAGAACAACAUCACCGUUGCUUGCCGUACGCUCGAGAAGGCCACUGAGCUCGUGGGUGGUCGCGACCGCUGCAAGGCAACCAGCCUGGAUGUUAAGAACGCCGAUGCCCUCCUCGAGGCCGUGUCCCAGCACGACCUGGUCAUCAGCCUGAUCCCUUACACCUACCAUCCCUUGGUCAUCGAGGCCGCCAUCAAGGCCCAAAAGCACUUUGUCUCAACCAGCUAUGUCUCCCCAACCAUGGCUGGCUACGACCAAGCCGCCAAGGAUGCCGGCAUCACGGUCAUGAACGAGAUCGGUGUCGACCCUGGCAUUGACCAUCUCUAUGCCAAGCAGAUCAUUGACAAGGUCCACGCCGAGGGCGGCAAGAUUGACCACUUCACCUCGUUCUGUGGUGGUCUUCCUGCACCGGAGGCUUCCAACAACCCUCUGGGUUAUAAGUUCAGCUGGUCGGCGCGUGGUGUGCUGCUGGCGGCCGGCAACACGGCUCGCUGGAUUGAGGAUGGUCAGGUCAAGGAGGUCAAGUCGCCCGAGCUCCUUACGCCUGCGGCCGUGCGCGAGGUGCCCAUCUACCCGGCCUUUGCCUUUGAGGGCUACCCCAACCGUGACUCCACCCCCUAUCCCGAACGCUACGGCAUUCCCGAGGCCAAGACCGUGCUGCGUGGCACCCUCCGUUACAAGGGCAACCCGGCCUUUGUCAAGGCACUGGCUGAUGUUGGCUUCCUCAAUGAUGAUGCCCAGCCCUUCCUGCAAGAGUCCAGCCCUGCCAUUGCCUGGUGUGCCGUCAUGGCCCGCCUUCUCGAGUGCGGCGAGAGCGAAGAGGAGCUUGAGGCUGCUUUUGUGAAGAAGGCGCAGCUUGCCGACUCGGCCGACCGUGCGCGUAUCGUUGCCGGCAUGAAGUGGUUUGGCCUGUUCGCGAGCGAAGAUGUGCCACGCAAGUCCUCUCUGCUCGACUCACUGGCUGAGCACCUUGCCAUCAAGCUCAAGUACCAGCCCGGCGAACGGGACAUGAUCAUGAUGCAGCACAAGUUCCACGUGACCCGCUCUUCGGGCAAGCAGGAGAUUAUCACGAGCACCAUGCUGGAGUACGGCAUUCCCCAUGGCGCUACCGCCAUGGCGCGCACCGUUGGUAUUCCCUGCGGUAUGGCUGUGCAGCUCGUCCUCGACGGCAAGAUCACCAAGAAGGGCGUCUUUGCUCCCUUGACCCCGGACAUCUACGAGCCCCUGAUCCAGCAGCUCGAGGCUGAGGGCAUCUGCUGCAAGGAGGAGCUGGCUUUGAUCUAAGCGUGUGCUCGCACUCUAGACGUCACUUCAGAAGAUGCCGCGCAAGACGACCGCUUUACAUGUGAUUCAGACGUCAUGGUUUCCAAUUGUCAAUUUCAUUAGGUUUUCUUCCCCG